CGCCUUGUCCUGGGAGUAGACCGUGGCUUAGCAGCGGAAGAGAUUGCUAGCCUACACACAGCACCAACUACGACGUGUGUGUUUGCAAUGCUGGGCGUUUACUGUACAGAACGAGAAACAACACCUUCGCAUCACUGUCAAGCAGUCUGUUGUUUUGCUACAUUUCAAUGAGCUUAUGUGCGACAGUCCCCGCGGCUUAGAGGCAGUGUCGUUCGUGCACCGUUCAUCUGACAACUGUCAACGCCCACCCUCAGAGUACAGAACACAAACAAGAACAGGGGGCUACAUUGUCAUCUCGACUGGUUUCGUUCGAUCUGAGUUUUAUUAUCGGACAUAGGAAGACGUGGUGUCUGACUGUGUGCAUGCAGCAGAAUGGGUCUGGAGAAACAUCCAACGGAGAACCACCCGCGCCCUCCUUUAGGGCACCAAGCCCGCUUCCCAUGGCUGCAUCUCGGGUAAGACGGUAUGCUCAGGAGGGGAGAGCGGUCCCCCAACCAAGAGUGAUGGUGGUAUUUUCUCCAGCGAGCGACACUGAUGAUCAAGGGGAUGCUAUGUCGAGCGCAGAGUGUGCGGAUGAUGAAUACAGAAAAUCACCCAAAUCCGCCCCGACUCUAACCCUGGGAAAAUCUCUUCGCACUUUCAGCUCAGCACAGGAGCAGUUUCCAGAGGUGAUCCCGCUGAAUGUGGGCGGCACCCACUUCACCACGCGCCUGUCCACCCUGCGGCGCUACGACGACACCAUGCUGGCCGCCAUGUUCAGCGGACGACACCACAUCCCACGAGACGCAGAGGGGCGCUUCUUCAUCGACCGUGACGGGAAAUACUUUGGGGACAUCCUGAACUUCCUGCGGGAGGGUGAGCUGCCCAAAAGGGAUCGCGUGCGCGCGGUACAUCGCGAGGCCCAGUACUACGCCAUCGGGCCGCUGCUGGAGAGCCUGGAGGACACCCAGCCCCUCACCGGGGAGAAGGUCCGCCAGGCCUUCCUCGACCUCCUGCCUUACUACAGAGAUAAUCUGGAGCGCAUCAUGGAGAUCGCCAAGCUGCGCGCCAUGCAGCGGAAGGCGCGCUUCGCCAAGCUGAAGGUGUGCGUGUACAAGGAGGAGAUGCCCAUCACGCCGUACGAGCGGCCGCUCUUCAACUCGCUACGCUUCGAGCGCACAGAGAGCGAGGCUAAGCUCUUUGAGCACCACUGCGAGGUGGACGUGUCGUUCGGGCCCUGGGAGGCUGUGGCGGACGUGUAUGACCUGCUGCACUGCAUCGUCAGCGAUCUGGCGGAGCGCGGCAUCACCGUGGACCAGCAGUGCAUCGGCGUCUGCGACAAGCACCUCAUCAACCACUACUACUGCAAGAGGCCUAUCUACGAGUUCAAGAUCACCUGGUGGUGAGCCGAGUGGAGUGGAGCGGAGGGGAGAGGACAGUGGAGUGAAGAGGGGAAGGAAGGGUUGGUGCGUGAUGGUGGGUCGUGAAGAGGGCACAAUGUCGAGGUCUUUUUAGUGCGCCCCAUUCAGCUUGGAGUCUGAGGUCACGUCCACUAGAAAUGCAGAGAAAAAACGAGUUCCAGCACCUUUGCCAUUUGGCAGCGAAGGAACUGUGGUGUCACUCUGCCUUGCUCUGACAUAGAUGGUGAGGUAUCUAAGGGGAAAGAAGAGGUCACAUCACUUCCUGCCUCCGUUUCUUUGGGGGAAAACAACAGUGAAUGGGACGCACCAUCGUCCUAAGGAAGGUAGAGGCUUUUACCCCUCUGUGCCUCUGUGAACAGGACAUCAUCAGGGUUUCAAAGACUUACUGGACUCUUGAGAAAAGAAUUCUAGUAGCACUAUGCUUUAAGAAGAGGAGCUGGCUGUUCGGUUUGUGUCUCCUCAUCAUAUAGUCUUUUUUUUAUUGCAAUAGCAGAAGCUUUUUAUUUCCAAUAGGGAGCUAGGACAUUGGUUAUGUCAUGUUCAGAACCCUGUAUAAAACCCUCUUCAGUUUCAUUGGGACCUGCGUUUUUUUGUUUUGACUUUUAGAUUGGCUGUUUGUAUUUGCUCAUGUUUUUUGUGGACUACAAAGGACAUCUAGGAGUCUAUGAUCGUGAUCUGGUGUUGUUUUAUCUGCUACUCACAAAGCCGAUACAUGUCUGUACUGUACUGUCUACUAAAAAUGAGUGAAGAAGUUGUUCUCUCUUAACUGGAUGCAAUCAACCAAACUGGCUAAAUUGCUUGCGUCUGUGCACCUUUUAUGUUUCUGCAACUUGUUCUUCUUAAUCUUGAUCUUGGUUCACAUGACUGACCACAGUGCAUUUGCUAAACAUGGCUCUGCACAGUCUAUCGAUGUUCUCAAUGCAGUGAAAGGCUUUAUGGUAUGAUUCACGUCAGAUAGUGGAAAGAGUACAAGUCCGCAAACUGUAGCUCCGCAUACAACGUUUCGACCCAACAGGGUAGGACCUGAAGAAAUUUUCAAAGCGGAGCUACAGUGUGCAGACUUCUACUCUUUCCACUAUCAGACGCGCCUUUGUCCUGCACCUGGCCUCAGAGGUCUGAUGUGCAUACUCUUACUUUUAUGAUGAUUCACGCCAGACCCAUGUCAGGGAAAACACACACACACCUGUAUUAAUUUAAAAAAACUACUAUUAAAAAUAAUAAUGAGGGCUUUUAGAUAAAAUGUGUCUUUGGAUAGCAGAAGUGGAAUUUCAUCAAUCCCUGAAUUCUACCUCUGAACUAUAUAGAACAAAAAUGGGAUUGUUGGGAUCAUUUCCCUACAAGGAGCUUUCAAUUUUCAGUGUACCACUCCACUACAUCAGUUUUCAAUAUGAAUUCUAUAUAAUUGUGUAAAAGUUGAAUGUAUUUUUUCCAUAAAUGCUAAUGUUCAGUUUAAUCAUCAGUGUUUUUAUUUAUUGCAUUGUUUUCAUUUGUACAAAUUGUUUUGGUAUUUUCACAAUGACAUUUAAUAAUCUCACUUUUUUAUACGUUGUGUGCUACAAUCAUGUUCUUUUGAUGUGUAUAAAUGUAGUGAAAGCUCUACAGUAGUCAUUAUCAAUUGAGUCACUUUUUUGUCGUUAUUUGUUCUCUAAGUAUUGAGAAAGCAAAUGAUCACCAUUUCCAUUGCGCUGUUUUCAUCAUUAAUGUUAUGUAGCCAGUCAUAGUUGCACAAAGGGAAUAUCCUGUCUGAUGCAAAAUACUGAAGCGAAACUUUCAGUAGACUGUUAAUUACUAUUAUAUUAUUGCUAUAUUGUUUCUUAAGGGGUCAAAUCUUUACAAUAAUGGAUUCCAAAUGAUUGUCCAUGGUAAUUUUCAGAGAUUUUGAACAUUUCUAUCCUCCAUAAAAAGGGCUAUGCAAGCUCUGUUUGACUUAAUUUUCUUCAGCCUGAUAGCAAUUUAGCUUUAGUUCUCACAGCUCCCUAUGCAGAAAUAAUUAAGGUGUCUAAUUAAAAAAAUAAAUACAUUACAGUCGUAUGGAAAAUAUUUGACCUGCUUCUCUCUAAUCUUCUGUUUUGUGAGGGUGUUAUGUUUACCAGUUUGUCCUCACAGUGUCAUCUCAUGCCGGCACAUUGCUGAAUGUCUGUUGUGGCCUAACUCCUAUUAAGGAUGGGUUUCCUUCUUUUAGUGACUAGUAGUCGUGGAACAUUUGAGAGGAUCCCUUGGUGUGCAAGAAUGCCUUAGUGGUACUAAUUGCGUAAUUUGUUGUAAUGCUGUAAUCCUGUAUCCUAACAAGAAGGUGUAUAUUUUGCAGUUUUUAUAACAAAAAAUAUAGUUUGACUGUAUUAAUAAAACUUAUUUG